GAGCACAGCCCAGCACAGCCUGUGAGCAGCCAGCAUGCAGCGGAUACACACCUCCUCAGGACCCCUCUCUCUGGGCCCUGUCCUCACCAUGGCUCUGGUGUGCAGCUGUUGCUUCCUGGUCUCUGAGACCACUGCAGAUGAUCCAUCUCCUAAAAUCUUGAGACCGAAGUCAGUGAAGAUUAAGGCAUCUCUAGGUAAACCACUGGUCAUUCCCUGCAAGGCAGACGCUGGAUUCGGAGACGACGUGACUCUCGUCUACUGGCUGGUGAACAGGAGCUUCGUAGAGCUUGCCUAUCCAGACGGCAGGAUCAGGAUGGACCAAGAGGAGACAGACACAAAAGGCAACAAAACUUUCAUUCAAAGGGAUCUGGAAUUUCGGCACGUUACCAGGGAUGAUUUUGGAGCCACUUACAUUUGUGUUGUGAGAAAUGUAAUGGGGAUUGACCGGAAGGAGUUGCGGCUGAAAAGAGUGAACCAAAACUGUAUGAAAGGCAGGAAAUGGAAAGAGUCUGGAGAGAAGUUGAGGAAAAAGAAUGGUUAGGCAUGCAGAAGACACCAGCAGAUCUUCUCGAACAACAUCGCUACACCUUCUUGAGCGCGCGAUAUUAAUUACGCUGAUGGACUCAACCAGACUCCUCCAACACCCCGAGGAAGCUGGAGCGGACGCCACGUGCUACCUUUGCAAUUCUAAUGAGAUGCUGUACAUCAGCUCUUGACGGGUAUACAUUUCAUUCGCUGUUUAAAUCUGCUGAUAAUAUACAAUAAUAGAGGAGACAUUUGCUGGCUGCGGUGCCUGGCCCAAGACUAACAAAUGUAAGUUAAUCAUCCUUUUAAAAUAUACAAUGUCUUUUGAAGUCAAUGUGAAAACCACCAGCUUGAUUGAAAGACAUGCGAUGCACAAAUGCAUUGAGAAUAAAGCAAAACAUGGAAAUAUG